AUGAGUCCUCUGAGGCUGCGAGCGUCGCUGUCGCUGCUGCUGCUGGGUGGCUGCCUCCUCGCGGCCGCCCGGAGAGACCAGGGGGCGGCAGGCAGCGCGGCGGAGCCGGCCUCUGGUCCCGCGGGCGGCUCGUCCGGCCGCUUCCUCAGCCGCGAGCGGCACGCGUGCAGCUGGCAGCUCCUGAGGCGCGCCCCAGGGCCCGCGGCGGGGAGCGAGCUGGCGCUGCGCUGCCUGGACCCGGCCGGGGCGCUCCAGCAGUGCGCCUACCUUGGCGAUCCGGAGCGCUGCGCCGCCUACGCCGCCCGCGGCUCGCUCUACUGGAAGCAGGUGCUGGGCCGGCUGCGCAAGAAGCGGCGGCCGUGCCAGGAUCCCGCUCCGCUCAAGGCUCGCCUGUGCGCGGGCAAGAAGGGCCAUGGCGCCGAGCUGCGCCUGGUGCCCCACGGGUCCUCACCCGUGCGCCCCACCGCCGCCGGCUUCCCCCGGGAUCCCGAGCCCCGGGUCAGGAGCCGGGGGCGGCUCCGGGAGCCCGCUCCCGCCCCAGCCAGAGGGGCCCGACUUCCCGCGAGCAAGUCUCCUGGGGGGAAGCCCUCUGAGAAGGCCAAAGCGGACAAGAGGAAGGCGGCCUCGGACCCAGAAGAGGAGCGACCCCUGGGGACCCGGCCCGAUCCCGAAGGGUUGGACGAGAACGCAAAGCUCACGGAGACCUACUGUGCUGAGAAGUGGCACUCCCUUUGCAACUUCUUUGUCAAUUUCUGGAAUGGCUGA